CAUCCGUUCAUCGACCAUUGGGCCCGAGACGACUUUGUAUUCACCGCGAUCGGGCUACGUUACAACCCCCUAAUAUUCUCUCGCUCGUCCGACAAACACCGCCUUGAGCCCAAAUACCUUUUUACUUACCAAGGUCCUCAACAUCUUAAACCUCUAGACUUCUCACCACCAUCAUCUCGGAAAGUCAUUAUGGAUCAAUCAGAAGGCGGCGCGGUACCAGUAGAACAACGAGCAGGAUGGGGGGCUUUUCUCAAGAGCUUGGCCCAUAUGACUGGUGACUUGUCUUCGAUGACUGCACCUCCAUUCAUUUUGUCUCCCACAUCGUUGACAGAGUUUCCAGCAUAUUGGUGUGAACAUCCACUCGUAUUUGCCGCCAUCGCCGAUGGCUUGACACCCCACGACAGGAUGGAGAGGGUGCUUCGUUGGUUCAUCUGCACUCUGAAGGGGCAAUACACGACACGAAAUGAGAAAAUGGGGUCAGAGAAGAAACCUCUCAAUCCUGUUCUUGGGGAAGAGUUCUUUGGUGUAUGGCCCGAUGUAGCGGGACGAGGCGAAACAAAGCUCAUUGUGGAGCAGGUUUCGCAUCAUCCUCCAAUCACUGCCUACUUCAUCGAGAAUGAGAAAGCAGGCGUAAAGCUGCAAGGUCACUCUGGUCAAAAGACCAACUUCAGUGGGACAGCCAUACAUGUGAAACAGUCUGGGCAUGCCAUUUUGACGGUCAAACCCAAAUCUGGAGAGCCGGCAGAGAAAUAUCUUAUCACCCUUCCCAAAUUGCGGAUCGAGGGUAUAGUGUGGGGAUCACCUUACAUCGAGCUCACCGACACGAACGCCAUUCAAAGCAAUACCGGUUUCACAGCCGUGAUCGACUACAAAGGUAAAGGCUACUUUACCGGCAAAGCUCACACGUUCAAAGCCACCAUCAACAGAGGUAAUCGCACGAUCCAGUCAUACGAAGGUCAAUGGACUGGAAUCUCGUAUGUCGGGGGAAGCAAGGGACCCGUGUUCCUUGACACCAGCGCUCCUAAAGAAGAAGUGGUUGUCCGACCGAUCGAGGAGCAGGGCGAGUGGGAGAGUAGGAAACUCUGGGAGAAGGUGGCGAAGGGUAUACGGACGGGAAGUUAUGAUGAGGCUGGCAAAGAGAAAUCCCGGAUCGAGAACGAUCAACGCCAACGCCGAAAAGACGAGGCGGCAAAGGGAGAGUCGUGGAAACCGAAUCAUUUCAUCCAUCUGGAAGAAGAUCCAGAAUACCAGCAGUUGGCGGCGAUGUUGGACGACAAGUUGACUCCAGCCCACGAGGAUGGUUACGUGUACAAGGGUUAGCGUAUCGUAGUAAGCUAAAUAACCCGUAUCUGCAUGUUUGUCCUGAUC